AUGACGUCGCUCCAAUACCAGCCUGAUCCGGCGGCGGAACCAGACGACUACUGGGGAACUGUGUUCUUGUCCAUGCGAGAUGCCUCGGGGCAAAUUCCCAUCAAUUUUAUAUCUUCUCCGGGGGUGUACGUGACGAAGGCCUGUUUCUCCGAUGGAGUCUACGACGACCUCCCGACCCAGACAUGUAUCUCGGAUCUGUUUGCAAGCCAAUACCGCCGUCUAAUCAUUGAUCUGUAUUGGGAUAACAUCAACCGCCAAUUCAACCUAUGUCCAGUCGAGCUUCCUCCCCUGGUCGGCAAUUCGACUGCUGGUUAUAGCGUGGAUUCGUCGGCAUUGUAUUCUAUCACAGCGUCCACAUCCUUUUCACCUCCUCCGACCACCACAAAUCCAUCAAAUACCACGGGAUCUCUUGCUCCCAGCCUCGAAAAGCGGCAGACUUCGUUAUCUUCACUCGACAACUCCACAUCGCCAAUUUCAUCGGCCACUGAUUCAAUCAGUAGCGCUGCCACGACGACGAGCGAUGUGGCCAUUCCAACAUCUACUGGUGCCACAGGUGGAACUUUACUCACCCUGGGACCUUACAUGUGUAGCUUGGACUUGAACAUCGGUUCUAUCAUUUCCUUGUACAAUGAUUACUUUGCCCGUACCUCAGACACCAUCUCCGCACGAUUACAUUUUCUUGACAUUAAUUUACAUGCCGCCGCGCCCUUCACGGAUCCUUCUUCGCCCGCACAUACGCCGAUGCCGGGCCGCCUUCCGAGCUCUGACGAUCUUAUAGGGGCCCAAUUCGAAGCUGCACUCGGUAGGGAUAUAUACACACCACAAGACUUGCAAGCCGAUCGAAAAGAUCUGAACAGGUCUUGGUUUCGCGACAACUAUCGCGUAAUAACCGACGCAAAUUACUUCCGCACCGUGGAAAUCGAAGGGGACGACAUCAUUUCCACACCGGACGGCUGGCCUGGAGAAAACUGGAUUCUCCUUACUGACAGCCGGAGGCUUCUGCUGAGUUGGGAUCAGAUCGAUCCACAGAUGGCAGCGUACGACUUUCUGUCCGAGUCGGGUACCGUCUUCAAUGCGACCGAGCUGUUCCCAACUCCGCCUGUGGAAUGGAGUGACAGUGGAAAAGUGACUUCAGGCUGCUAUUAUCAUCCAGGUGACACGACGAUCGCCCAAACCAAUGCAUCCUGGGCGAUUGCGACCAUUGAGGACAUCAGCUCAGGUGCUCUCCCUAUCCUCGCCGAGAACUUGAUGGCAUGCGGCUUCUCGCCUGUCAUAAACACGACUCUCAACGGCUUGUCCGUACAACACAAUUUGAACACAUACCAGAACUUUGCACGGUCCACGAUGUUUGGAUGGGCUCCAGGCCAGCCACUAGGCACGUCAUCCGGCCAGAAUGACGGGGUUACUGACGACGACCUUCGGUGCGCGGUGCUUGACGCAACUAGCGGCUCUCAAGGAAAUUGGCGACUAGAGCAAUGCCAAAAAUCACGGCGAGCUGCGUGUCGCAUUGCAGGCCAGCCAUAUGCAUGGCGCCUUUCCACUUUCGAUGUUCCUUAUAGUGCGGCACCAGAUUCAUGUCCAGACCAUACCUCGUUCGACCUCCCUAGGACAGCGCUUGAGAACACAUACCUGUAUCGGCAAAUAUUGAACGAUACUAGUCCCCGUGAUGAUGACUCGGACGGGAUAUUGUCAGGCGUUUGGAUCAACUUCAAUUCAAUCGACCAAGCCAACUGCUGGGUUCUGGGCGGUCCCAACGCAACGUGUCCUUACUCCGACUUCAAGGAGGCGGAACAACAGCGCGAGAUCCUCGUUCCCACGAUAGCGGCACUAAUCAUCCUGAUACUGACUGUUUUGACCAUCCUUGUCAAAUGUAACCAGAACCGAAGGAAUAGCAGAACGCGAAGGAGAGGCGACAACGGCUGGGAGUACGAGGGUAUCCCGUCCUGA